GGGGGGAAGCAGUUUUGGGGAGGUUUUACGCAUUGCGCAGGAUGCAGGCGCGCUACUCCGUCUCCAGCCCCAACUCUUUGGGAGUUGUACCGUACAUCAGCGGCGACCAGAGCUACUACCGGACCGGUGGCGGAUACACCGGGAUGCCUGCACCCAUGAGCAUGUACUCCCAUGCGGCCCACGACCAGUACCCGGCCAGCAUGGCCCGGGCGUACGGUCCAUACACCCCUCAACACCAGCCUAAGGACAUGGUCAAACCUCCUUACAGCUACAUCGCUCUCAUCACCAUGGCGAUCCAGAAUUCAGCGGAGAAAAAGAUCACCCUGAACGGGAUUUAUCAGUUUAUCAUGGAGAGGUUCCCCUUCUACCGGGACAACAAGCAGGGCUGGCAGAACAGCAUACGGCACAAUCUGUCCCUCAACGAGUGCUUUGUCAAAGUUCCCCGGGACGAUAAGAAGCCCGGCAAGGGCAGCUACUGGACCCUGGACCCGGACUCCUACAACAUGUUUGAGAACGGCAGCUUCCUACGACGCCGAAGGAGAUUCAAAAAGAAGGACGUGCAGAAGGACAAGGAGGACAGGCCAGGCAAAGACUCUGCGCGCACACCGGGCCGGGAGCAGGACCCGCCGGUGCAGGGCGCUCAGCCGGUGCGGAUCCAGGAUAUAAAGACGGAGAAUGGGACUUCCACACCGCCGCAGGCCGAGUCUCCCUCCCUGAGCACCGUGCCUAAAAUUGAGAGUCCAGACAGCAGCAGCAGCAGCAUGUCCACCGGCAGCCCGCACAGCGUGCCCUCCACCCGGUCACUCAGCAUGGACGGACCUGAGCACCACCACCACGGCCAGGCCCCGGCGCAGGGCUUCAGCGUGGAUAACAUCAUGACCUCCAUGCGGGGGUCGCCUCAGGCCGAGCUCUCCCCGCCUCUCAUCGCCUCCUCUCGGACAGGUAUCACCCCUUCACUGUCGCUCAACUAUUCCCCCAACAACCAGACAUCUGCGUACAGCUCGACGACCUGCAACCAGAAUGUCAUCUCCACGAACUCCAACGCGACGUAUCACUGCAACAUGCAAGCCAUGAGCCUGUACGCCGGGGACAGAUCAUCCGGAGGCCACCUGGCUCCGUCCACCACGGUUGAGGAGGCUCUGCCCGACUAUUGCAUCACGACGACCACCUCGUCCCCGCUGGGCCACGGCAACCUGAGCCAGGCGGGCCAGGACUGCCACCAUGCACACCAGGGCCGGCUCGCGUCCUGGUACGGGGACCUGAGCCACCUGAGCCCGGGUUACCCAGCGCAGCAGCAGAACUUCCACUCUGUGCGGGAGAUGUUUGAGUCCCAGCGGAUCGGGCUGAACGGCUCCCCGGUGAACGGGAAUAAUAGCUGUCAGAUGGCCUUCCCGUCCGGUCAGUCCAUCUACCGCACCUCAGGAGCUUUUGUUUAUGACUGCAGCAAGUUCUGA